AUGAUAUUUCAAUUUUUAUUAAUAUAAUUCACACAAGGAAUUAUAACUGAAAGCUCAGGAGAAGUUACUUAGUUUUCUUAUUAAGUUUCAGGAUUUAAUUGCUAAAAUGGAUAUACAUCUACAAUAAAUUUUCCAGACACUUUUGCAAAUAUUCCAAAAUUAAUCUUAUAUCCAAGUCUUUUUGAUUUUGCAUCUAUUACUUCAAAUCAACCUAUAGCAAAAAUUGAGAUAGUAAGUUUAACAUUAACAAGUAAAUAAAUUAGUUUACUUAGAUUUUCAAAUAAAAUUAACAUGUCCGUAAUAAAGAAUCAAUACUUAUACUCUCAAGUGGUAUGCAAUUGAUGAUCAACGCUUAAUAGUUAUUAAUGAGUUUAAUUUAAAUCCUUUAGCUUCUAAAUCCUUUACUUUUUAAAAUCCAAAUAUAAAAAAAGCAAUUGUUUCAAUUAUAGGGAUUGGAUAUAAAGGAUCAUUUGAGGUGACUCUAUCUGUAAGAUAUAUAUAUAAUAAUAGAUAUCUGAUUUAACUUCGACAUCUGUAACUGUCAAUUAUAAUAGUUAUAAUACAAAUAUGGUUUUACUUGGUUAUUAAGUAAUAUUGGGGACUGAUGAAAUUAUAUCUUAUAUUGAUAAAAUUUCAUCCUCGAAUGUUUACACAAGUCCACAAUAUCCUGUUUAAUCUAAUAGUUAUUUUAUUACAGCUUUUAGUAAAUUCUAAUAAGGGUUAGAUAAUGGUAUAGUCACAUUAAGAACAACAAUUAAUUAAGGUGCCUCUGUUGUAAAUUAUGAUAUUUCGAGAUGUAAGAUUUUGAUUUAUUGAAAUAGGGGGAUCUGGGCUUUAUCCACAAAAUACAAUCUAAUCAUAUUGGUUAAAAUACACUGUUAAUAAUCCAUUUUUAGCAAUGGAAUGUUUUACUGUUAGAGUUAGCAAAUUAUUUGAAAUGAAUUCAGAUUAGAAACCAGCUUUUCAGUUGGAAUUUUUUGAGAUCAAUAAAGUAGUAAAUACAAUAGGGUCAGAAUCUAUUUUAAUAAAUGAAUCAAUUACAUUACUAAAUAUUCAUAUAUAUUACAAAUGUCCAUCAAAUAAUAAAAAAGUUCAUAGUUAAAUGAAUAAAUGUAAUAAUUGUAGUGGAUCUAAUAAGAUUUAUAACUUAAACCAUCAUUGUCAUGGGUCAAUUAAUACAAUUAAUAUCUAUGCUAAAUACAAUGCUUAAUCAAAUUAUAAAGAAUUAACCUUAACUACAACUAGUAAUAGUAUAACUAUUGUAUAAAAAUUAACAAAUAAAAUUAUCACAUAAGAAACUAUAUUAUUUGUAGAAUUUUUAGAUGUAUGA